AUGUUAUUAAAAUUAUAUUCUGCACUAACUCAUUUAACUACUUUCCACAGGAUUCAAAUAGAUGAAAUGGCCAACCAAUCUUCUGUGAGAGAGUUUGUUUUGAUGGGAUUUUCUGAUGAUUCAGAUUUGCAAAUAUUGCAUUCUGCGAUGUUCUUUAUUGUUUAUGUAACAGCUUUAACAGGGAAUAGUCUCAUUAUAACAGCAGUGGCAGUUGACCACAACCUUCACAAUUCCAUGUACUACUUUUUGGUCAACCUUUCUAUUUUAAAUAUGUGUUCCAUCUUUACAACAGUUCCAAAAUCCAUCGCUGUUUCAUUGACAAAUAACAAGGGAAUUUCUUUGGCUGGUUGUAUCAUCCAGACCUUUUUAAUAGUUACAUUUGUUGGCUGUGAAGCUUUUCUGUUAACUAUCAUGGCUUAUGAUUGCUAUGUAGCCAUUUGUCAUCCUCUGCAAUAUAGAUUGAUCAUGAAUUGGAAUGCCUGCAUUCAAAUCAGGGCAAUCUCCUUUUUAUUCAACCUGAUGCAUGCAGUGUUAGAAACUUGUUUGACUUUUCAAUUAGACUUCUGUGAGUCCAAUGUGAUGGGCCAAUAUUUCUGUGAUAUUCCUCAAUUACAAAAGAUUUCUUGCAGAGAUACAAAAUUCAAUGAAACAUUGAUCCUUGUUGGUGGGUUCUUUUUGGAUUCUUUUUUUCCCUUUAUCUUUGCUUCCUAUACCCAUAUUUUUUCUGCAGUGAUAAAAAUUAGAUCAGUGCAAAGCAGGCAUAAAGUUUUUUCUACCUACAUUCCCCAUCUUACUGUUUUUUCUUUAUUUAUCAUCACUGGAGUAUUUUCCUAUAUGAGGCCCAAAUCACUCUCUACUCAAUCUGUAGAUUUGCUUUCUGCUGUUUUGUACACAAUUUUGCCACCAGUUUUGAAUCCUAUUAUUUAUAGCUUCAGGAACAAGGACCUACAAAAGGCUCUUAUAAAAAUACUUUUAAAAAUAAUCAUUUUGCAGCAUGUUUAUAUAAAACGAUAA